AUGAACUUCGACGAUCUCACGGAAGAGCAAAAGCAACAACUAUAUUUACAACACCUUCAACAACAACAACAGCAGCAACAACAACAGCAGCAACAACAACAGCAGCAACAAAACUACCACAAUCAAUACGAAUUACAACCAAAUAAUACAAUAUAUCAGCAACAACAACAACAACAGCAGCAGCAGCAGUUCCCUCAACAGGUGCAACCAGACUCAUUUCAAUCGUACAAUGCAAAUGAUAGUUACAUGGACGAGGAUACCACGCAAGUCUUAGAUGAGCCUCCGGUGCCUCUUGAGAGUGAAUCACCCGUAAGAAAUCAACAACGUUUGCAGCAACAAUAUCAGGAGGGCUUAGGUCCUAGACAAGAUACCCAUAUUUUGAACAAUCUUCCCUCGCCCAAAUUUGUUCAACUGGAUAGGUUAGAACACAGUAAUACCUAUGGGGACACCAAUGGCUUUAGUAGUUUUACCCCUGCCAAAGGAGUUCAGUUUAGUUCAGUUGAUUCGAUGAAUUUCCAACCACCAGUAAAUCAGUUUACACAAUUAAAUAAUACAAGUAGCACUAAUGUUUCUGAUAUAAGCAGCGCUCAUUCAAACAUAUCGAGCUCGCAUGUACCAAUACCUCAUGAAGAGAAAGUAGCAUCGCCUCAUACACCAACAAAUGGACAACCUCAACAAGCAACUCAACAAAUCCCGCAACAACUUCAACAACAACAACAUCAACAACAACAUCAACAACAACAUCAACAACAACAUCAACAACAAGUGCUACAGCUGAAGGGUGGAUUGCACCAGACAGGAACUGGUGUAACUUCGACAACGGCACAAAGGGAAGCAUCAAACAAUGAUGCUAUUACACCACCAUCCUCAAGUGGUGUGAAUUCGGAUGGCAACCAGGCAUCAAACUACGUACAUUUCAUUCGACAGCCCCACCUUUUACCAACAGAAGUUCAAGAUAAGGGUAAGGCAGUAAAACUAAAAAUAGAAAAUUUUUACACCAUGGCUGUGAAUCACGCAAUUGAGCGAAACCAGAGAAGAAUCGAGAUGGAACAAAAAUUGAUUGAUGAAGGAGCCGGCAUUUCUGAAGAAAGGAAGAAUAGACACAUUCAAAACUAUAGUAAGAAAGAGACCCAAUUUUUACGUUUGAGAAGGACCAAAUUGGCAUUGGAGGACUUUGAAACCAUAAAAGUUAUUGGUAAGGGUGCUUUUGGUGAAGUGCGUUUAGUGCAGAAAAAAGAUAAUGGCCAUAUAUAUGCUAUGAAGACAUUGUUGAAGCUGGAAAUGUAUAAGAAGGACCAGUUGGCACACGUUAAGGCUGAGAGGGAUGUUUUAGCCAAUAGUGAUUCUCCCUGGGUGGUGUCGUUAUUUUACUCUUUCCAAGAUUCGCAGUAUCUUUAUUUAAUUAUGGAAUACUUGCCUGGUGGUGAUUUGAUGACGAUGUUGAUUAGAUGGCAGAUAUUUACCGAGGAUAUCACAAGAUUUUAUAUGGCAGAGUGUGUGUUGGCCUUGGAAGCGAUUCACAAGUUGGGUUUCAUCCAUCGUGACAUAAAGCCUGAUAAUAUAUUGAUUGAUAGACGCGGGCAUGUUAAACUUAGUGACUUUGGACUUUCCACUGGGUUCCACAAGACCCAUGACUCGAAUUAUUACAAGAAAUUGCUUGAAGAGAACCCAUCUAACCCAUUGCAGGCAAACCAAUUGUCUGCAGGUGGUGCACAGCCAUCGCAUGGACGUAAUUCGAUGAUGGUGGAUGCGAUUAACUUGACCAUGUCCAAUAGGCAACAGAUGCAAACGUGGAGGAAAUCAAGAAGACUUAUGGCAUACUCUACAGUUGGUACUCCUGAUUAUAUUGCACCAGAAAUCUUUGUACACCAGGGAUAUGGUCAAGAGUGUGAUUGGUGGUCGCUUGGUGCGAUUAUGUUUGAGUGUUUGGUUGGAUGGCCACCAUUUUGUGCAGAGACGCCUCAUGAGACGUAUAGAAAGAUUAUCAAUUGGCAAGAGACGUUGCAGAUUCCUGAUGAUGUGCAUCUUUCGCCUGAGGCAGAGGAUUUGAUCAAGAGGCUUUUGACCUCGGCUGAGCAUAGGUUGGGCCGAUAUGGUGGGUCGGAUGAGAUUAAGCAGCACCCAUUUUUCCGUGGUGUUGACUGGGACACUAUAAGGAAAGUUGACGCUCCAUUCAUUCCCAAGUUGAGAUCGAUUACAGAUACAAGGUUUUUCCCUACGGAUGAGUUGGAGAAUAUACCUGAUAAUCCGGUAUUGACUAGGGCUAUGGAGCAAAGAGAGUUGGAUGCAAAGAAUGGUGGCGGGGGUGUUGGUGGUGGAGGAAGAAGAAACACAAAGGAAGAUUUGCCUUUUAUUGGAUAUACUUAUUCGAGGUUUGAUUAUUUGACCAGAAAGAAUGCCUUAUAA